CUAUAUAACUCCUCUAAUUAAUUUUAAUAUGUAAUGGAAUAGUAACUUGAAAAAUCAAUAGAUUGUGCGGGACGAGCCGUUUAUACCUCGCUCGCUCGCAAGUUUAGACUUUACCACCAGACUCGCCAGGAGUAUGUGGUUACCAGUCCUUUUCAUAUUGGAAAUCUUUCAUAUCGGAGAUAGUUACAUCGUAUCAGAAAAGGAGCAACCUGUGUGUCCGUUUGUGGAAUGCCAGAACGGGGGACGACUUGACCAGACAACCUGUCAGUGUGAUUGUCCACCAAAGUACUAUGGGUUCUUCUGUCAGAACAAUUACGAGAAAAGUAUGUGGCCCGACGGGACCUAUGCCCUCCCCACGUCAAUGUUCGGCUGUCCUGAGACCGAGGCUAAAGGUUGGUCAACAUCCUACGUCAACCUUACCCUCCCCGAGUCCUCAAAACAGCAGGAAUGGAACAUGAAGAACCCAGAACUAAAGACCGACGUCAUCGAGCCGAACAUUUUAGGGCCCUACCAUUACCGCGCCCUGCAGAUGAAUUUCUGUGUGAAAACGCCAACCUACUUUGAAAAUAAAGAAAGAAAUAGGACAUCAGCUGAAUGGCCGAGAGGGCAAUAUUGCAUAUACAGUUUUAAUAACACCUGUCCUCUAGACUUCAUCAACGGUACCUUGACAAUUAAGGGAUACCAGUUUACUGAGCAGGACAUAGGGGGUCAAAUUCCGGGGGAAAUGAGACAAAACCAGACACUUUUACUCCAGUUCUGCUGUAGAGAAGAUGGGAAUUAUUCGUCACCAAUUCAGCUUCCCAAAGAAUUUCCUUUUAUCAUAUUUCAGAAAAAACUUUCAUUCAAUAAAUGUGAUGGCAGUUUGCGAUUCCAAUUUGAAAUUUUUGAAUUUGGUAGCAAAGUGGCCUGGAUCAUCCCAUGA